AAACGGCGUCGUUCGCGUGUCUGUCAGCGUUUUUACUCUAAUUAUACGCUAUCGCUGCUGUUUUCAUUUGGUCUGUAUUGAUGACAGCUUUACUGCCUGACACCACUCAUUUCAUUUACAGCGCUUUUACAAUCGCCUAUACCCUACAGGCGACAUAAUGACUCAGGAUUUGAGCCUAUUUGUCGAAGGACAGAUAAUUUAAUAAGCAGAUUAAUGAUCUACAUUAGGCCUGAUUGUGGGCAGCUUAUUGAGUGUCAGUGCAUCAAUAAAAAUCUGACUUAAUCUGCGUCUGAUUUAAGGGAAAACCCGCUGCAUGUAGGUUCAAUAACCCUGAAUAAUCCUAAUCAGUGAUGAAACCGUGGAGAGGCUAUAGAUCUGCGUGGUAAUUGUUUUACAGGGUGUAUUGAUUUGCAGUGCUGAUCCAUUGCAGUCCAGUUAUAAUAGGUCUCCAGAUAGAUAGACUGAGAUCUAUAUUUAUACAGCUUCAGUAGUGCACAUGCAGUACAAGAAAGUAGGACACCACAGAGGAAACAGCAGUACAAAACACUGCAGAACAAUACUGUAAACAUCAAGGACAUACACCACAAAAAGGUGACUAGCUGGUUUUGAUGAUCGAUCGGCUCCUGUGUAAUAUGGUUGCCUUGACCUGAUUGACCGUCAGCGGAUGGUGCCUUCAGAUGGUAAUGGAGAGCUGUAAACAAGGCUGAGUUAACAUAGAAGAACUCAACUGACUCUGUAAAGGAUAGAAGUCUUUGGAGCCUGAUCUUAUGAGGACACUCGGUUUUUCCCACAGCUCUGUGCUGUGCUAAGAGUCCAGCUGGAAGUGAGGGCGCCCUGAGGCAGAGCUAUGGGCUGUGGGGGGAGCAGGACUGAUGCUCUGGAGCCUCGGUACCUGGAGAGCUGGACCAAGGAGACUGAGUCGACAUGGCUGACCGGCACGGACACUGAUAUCCCCCUGUCGUCCAUCCAGAGCAUCCCCUCUGAGAACUCUGAGGCCGGCUUCGCGUCAGAGAAAACAAUCAGCCCUGCUCCAGAUUUCUUCGAGGACGGCCUCCCUCUUCCCGCUCAGGCGUACCUAAAGGUCUGUUCAGCUGUGUCUGAAGCCAGUCUGAAUGACGUGAAACCCAGCACUCCGCCUGCAAUACUGGGCUCUCCACCCAAGGAGGCGGUGUUACCAUCAUCUGGCACCACAGUGCAGCGCAGAAGCGUUCUACACACUGAAGAGAUUACAAAAUGGCAGGACAAUCGGAUGUCGACCAAGCAGGUGACCAUCACGGUGACACAGAGCAUCCACCAGGUGGACAAGAAUGGGAAGGUGAAGAAGUCCCUCACCACCUAUGAGGUCAUGAAGCCUGUGGAGAGCCUCAAACAGGUGGCUACACAAAACACUUGAGUGCAGGGGAGGC